AAAUUUCCCUUUUCUGAAGUCUGUGUGCUACUAAACCUUUGGUGAUUCCUCGACAGCUUUCGUGCUAUUUUCACUCCAGUGAGGUGAGUCACUUGCGACUGGUCUCGUUCGUGGCUUCCUCCCAUUCGCGCCUCACGAGGCCGCUCUGAAGCUAACGAGUUUUUUCCCUAUUUGCCGCGGCGAACUUUGGCGGUGUCUUGCCUGCAAGCUCGCAGAAAAUGCCGCGGCUUCUCCUUUGAAACAACAUCAAGUUAUGCGUGCGUAUGCAGGUGUAUACUCUCAUGCGCUGUGUAGGCAGCUGCGCAGAGAAGUCCACAAGUGCAGUUGUCUGCGUGCGCACGCCGCUGCGUCGCCGUCCAUGAGUCUUCUCGAAAACCUAGACGCCUUUUGAAGGGAUGCCCACCAUUCGGCACGCAUCCCAUUCUCUGCUCGCUUCAGAGCCAGCAAGGCAAGUGCAAAAGAGCAUGGCCGCAGCGAGCCGAGACCUGCGGAUUUGAUACAGCGAGUGUUCAAGAGCUGCUGCUCUGUCGCCUCUUGACUAAAAUGUCAGAAGUGAGCGUUUCAGGUGACGCAAGUCCCGCGGCAGCAGGACCUGCCACUUGCGACGAACAUCCGAAUCAAAAGGAAGAGAAAACGCUCGUGGUGACCAUCACACAAACAAAGUACCGAUGGCACCACUCUGUUGAUACCGCCGACCCACCACCUGUCUCGGCCCCCUCCACCAGCGAGCCUGCCAAAAGUCCGGAGCCUCCGGCAAGCUCGGGGUUGUGGAAAAGCGUACAGGACUAUUCAGGAAGCCAAGCGCAUGCAGUCAAAACACCCUCUCUAGAUGUUGCUUUGCAAACGCAAGUGGUGGAAAUGUCGGCGCCAGUCGGCGCAGACCUUCUCGACGGCCUCCCGCUGUUUGCCACCGGCCGCCUCGACACAACCGCAAGGUACUCCUGCGCCCCGGCGCCGGAGUGUACAUACACCCCGCCGGCGUGGGUGCCGCGGUGCGUGCGCCAGGUGCUCUUUGUGUUUGACCAGGAAGACCACGUGACGGCCGAGGCGCUGUGGCGAGUGAUUGAGUUCUGUGCGCAAGAGCGCGCAGCAACGCUCGCAGGUGCGUGCGCGUCUCUCCGGACCGGCAUGGUUUCCGCCCGUUCGCCGCGCCAGCAAGGCCAACAGAGUCGCAGCGACGCCGCGUGGCUAGCUGACGCGCAGGGCGACGUCCGGCUGGCCGACUCCUGGGGUGUACGUACACCCGAACUGCGGUGGGAGGCUGGGCUGCCGCGAAUGGAUGCGGCCGAGUGCGACAGGCGGCAAAACGGUGCGGGUUUGUCGGCAGAUGUCACUCGGUUUUACCCGAAUUUCGAGGGAAAUGCGUUUCUCCACAGAGGAGCGUCUGUGGUGCAUCCAGGCGUGGGCAAGGUGGAGUCCGUGUCGCCUGCGGGCCUUCCUUCCGAGUCCGAGAGGGGCGCCGCUUGCGCUCUUUCGCGGGAAGACUUAACGCGGAUUGGUGCUGAUGCCGCCGCUUUGCUGGCGACUCUCCCUGCAGAAAAACUUCUGGAAACCUACGCAAGUUGUCUCUUGCUUUCACAACCCCUCACAAGAACGCAGGACGGCCUCCGUGGCAGAGCGAAGGCGAGAGGGGGCGACCCUCGUCCCGCCCUCGUGGACUCGGCGAAUCCAUGCACUCUCGGAGCAGCGGCUUCUGCAGAGGCUUUGCGGACGCUGAAGGAGACCCUGGGGGAACAAUUAAGUCGAAAAAUCGAUGACGUUCUUCUCCCUGCUUCCUGCUGUGUUGCGUAUCGGUACGACGACCCGCUCCUCAUGGAUAGUUGUUACUGGCUCUUGAAGCGGAUCCUGCUCGACAAAGGACUUCCUGCAGAGUGGAAAGAGCUGCGAAAACCUGAAACUUCGACCGAGAGCGAUUUGGAGGAACAAGGAACCAGGCAACGCUCGGGUGACGCCGCUGCCUCGCGGGCUAAAAGUGGGGAAUUCGCGACGGCCGGCGCGUCAGGUGUACCUACGCCCGAGUCAGGCGCCUCCGCAACUCUCGACUGGUCUUGGCUGCCCCCCUCUGUCUUCCAGAAAUGCGCCGGCAGGAAAAUGUGUUAUAGCGUUUCGCGAGCUGUUCUGACGCAUCUUACCUACACUGUUCCUCUCCACAGUUUCUGGAGCGUCGUGGCAGACGAGACUUUCACCAAGAGCAAGUUUCUCGAGGAGCCGAAAGGGUAUCUGCACUGUGAGUUCCGCCGAGUGCGGAGUGCGACGCCCUCGACUUACCCGCACGCGUACUUGCUCUUGGUGGACGCUGCGAGUUGUCGGCAACUCGGACUGAGCGAGCAGGUCCUCUGCAACCAGGCGCAGGCGAAGGUGCUGCUGCUGUGUGGCCGGAGACAGUCCGAGCACUCGUCAGUCGAGUUCUUCAUUCCGUUUCCGGCGCUGAUCACCGCGGUCGAGCCUUUCUGCCAGAUCGCGGAGGGGAGCGACCUCGCACCCACUGCCACGCCAAAGUCGCCUGAGGGAGGGGAAACCCGCCCUGUGGUCUCUGCAUGCAGCCAGAAGCUGCUGGCGGUGGUGAGCGCGGCGCGCGCGUACGGCAGAGAGUUUCUUGGAACUCUGCAAGGGAGUUUCUGGGGCACCAAGUUCUCUUUGACCAACUGGGGGCUGAAGCAGGGCUACAACCACCAACUCGGGGCCUCUGCUAGGGCGUCCCUGGAGAAACGCACGUUCGCGCGACUCUACCGAGUGUACGAGAAGGCGGAGGCAGGAGAACUGUCGACCGAGGCGUUUCGCGCCGCUGCGAGCUUGCAGCUUCAGGCGGGGACUGCAGAGGCGGGAGACGCCUUCGGGGGCGUCUGGACACAGACUGGUCGCGCUCCGAGCGCGGGCGAGGGAGACGCGUGGAGACAACGAAAUCCGAAAAAAAACACACCCGUCAAGUACUGGGAACUGCCCUACGAGGAGAUCUACCGCGACCAGGAAAACUGCGAGGAGAGGCGCGAGAAACUGCCAGAAAAAAUGAAGUGGGUCCACGACUGCCUGUUCUUCCCCAACUGUCGGCGCAGCCCAAGUGCAGUGCAAGCUGCCGAGGGACAAUUUGUAGAAGUCGUUGCAGAAGAAGAUGUGGGUCGGGAGAAGUCGCGGGAGAAAAGUGCGGAAGUCAGCUCGAAUGAAUCGAGACCAGAAGACGCCGACCCCGUCAGCGUGCUGCCACACAGCGAGGAAGAGGAACCUUGCACAAUCCACUUUGAGCGGAAUCUUCGUGGAGACAUGCCCCGACAAAUGAAAGUCCGUCUGAACAGACACGGAGGCGCCUAUACUCUACAGAACGUGAAGGCCAAGUGGGACGAGGCACUCCAAGCAUACUCGCUCCCCUUUUUCGGCAGAGCCAAAGUUGCUUCAGCGAAAAACCUGCAGCUGAUUCCGUGUGUAGGUUCGGGAAGACGGUCCUCGGGUAAAGGACAGCGAGAGGAAUGUUCUACGGACGACGAGGAGCAAACGUCGAUCUAUUUGAUGAUGGGGAAAAUGUCCAAAGAUGUGUAUGCUCUUGAUUUCCGCGCGCCCGUUCGCCUGUUUGAAGCGUUUGCCAUCGCCGCUGCGACGAUGGCAAAGAAACGAGCGGUUACGUAGGGGUUGAGUGUCUGUUCAGUACGCAUGCAUGUGAAUGCGGACGUUUAUCUUUCUGCGGGUAGCAGCAGAAUUUUGUGCUCUCAAGGGAAGCGUGGAACACCGCUGCUGCAGGUCUGGGUGAACUGGCACAGACGCUUGACAGGAAACAGAGUUGCUACACUCAAGGAACACUCUCUGCAUAUCUUUUUGUCGAGACACAAAUAAGCAACCGAAGGAGAUAUGCGAAUCAGCCCAUCCCCAAAAUCUGCAGCUCACCCAGGAAGUCCCGCCUUCACUACUCGGUUGCGCCCUCUCAGCGCCAGGCGCGCAGAACAUAUCUUCACUUCAUCUUCACUAUUUGGUUUGUGUAAUUUUGGCUACUAGUGUGUUAUUCUUCCCAGACAUAUUCGUUUUUUAAAGAGCACUGCAUGUGGCUUUCGUGCGCUUUGGCCAUUUUGGCAUUUCGAGGUUCACGGAGUGUAGGGAGACACCAUCUUGUGGGUGUCGCAGUGUUCUACACCAUCAGGAGACCAAAUGAAACGAAAACAAUUCUAGUCGUGC